GGCUCACUAUAAAUUGGAGUUCUGAGGGUUCUGUUUUUGGAUGUGGGUCUAAUUAAGCAGUCACGAGCACUCAGAGAGAAUCAUCAAAUGGCCGAGCUUGGGGUUGUGUUGGGUGAAAAAGGGAGUUUGAGGAAGGGUGCUUGGAGUGCAGAGGAAGAUGAAAAGCUCAUUGCUUAUAUCAAGAGGCAUGGCAUUUGGAAUUGGAGCCGAAUGGCUGAACUAGCAGGACUGAGGAGAAGCGGGAAAAGUUGCCGACUUCGGUGGAUGAACUAUCUGAGGCCCAACCUUAGGCAUGGAAAUUUCACCAAAGAAGAGGUGGAAAUCAUCAUUAAGCUUCAUGAAGUUCUGGGAAACAAAUGGUCGGCAAUCGCAUCAAAACUUGUCGGAAGGACAGACAACGAAGUGAAGAAUUACUGGCACACACGCUUGAAGAAGCGGUUCAAGGGAAAACCGAUGCAAAAGCCUCGAAAAUCCGAAGCUGCAAGGGUGAGUAACAGCGUUGACGCCAAUCAUGAGAGUUCAUCUCAAGGGGAAGAGGGUAGGUCAACUCCGACUUCGACUCCAGUACAAUUAUUGAAUCUUGGAGAUUUUACUGGAAAUCCGACAUCAACCCCAGAUAACUUCUGCGCAUCGAGCUCUAAUCAAGCCAUCGGAGUCCCUGGGGACAAGGAAAAGUCCUUUGAGAACAAUCUGUGUUCAUCAUAUGUGGAUGAUAAAUUCCAAAGCUAUUUGUGGGCACAACACUUUUCUGUGGAAGAUGCACACAGGGUACAAGAUUUAAAUAAUUUGUUCAUCGACUCGACGACUACUAUAUUGUAUCCUGGGUGGCCAUUGGAGACAGCAUCUUCUUCUGCUUCCCUAGAAGAUUUCGCCUUUAAUUUGUGGGAAAAUUGAUGACCAUCCAUUCGUGCUUACAAGAUGCCGAGUGUUUUUGUCAUUAUGUUUUGAAUUCUAGUAUUUGUCUGAACGUAUAGAAUGGUAGUUCAUGCCCUAAUAAAGUGGAGGAAGUAUGGAUUUCUGCAAGGUUUUGGAGCUAGCUAUGCAAGUUUAUGUAACUGAGGAUCGAAGCAGCCAUUAUUGUAUAACAAGGGAUGGUCUUCUGAGAGCUUCAUGAUAUUAGAUUUGGAAGGUUUA